UCCCUGAGAUCUCGUUUUUUCGGCAUUUUACAUUAUCUAUAUAUGUCAACACGAUUAUCUGUUAUCAAAUAAAUUGUAGAAAAUAAAUCACAAAAUGAAAUAUAUUUUCGAUUUCAGACUUCAACUGUAACGACGAAAUUAACAUUUCGUUAAGUUUCACUUUUGGUUUCUUAGAUAAUUCCCAUGACAUCACCUACAUGUUGCUCAUGACGUACCUGCUGGUUUCGUCUAGUCAAUGGUAUCAUAAUGCAAAACGAAAGUUCUGUUCUCGUGAUCAAAUUGGGAAACCCAAAAUAAAGUAGGGUUUCUUCUUUCUUUCACGCGACAUUUCGGGUGUUUGACCACAUACAAUUCUCUAGUGGUGGGCUGUAGAUGGUGGAUUAAUUUGGACAUUUGAAGCUUAUCGCUUUUUCUCAGAAGAAGUUAAUGCAAUAUGGCUGGAAACUCUAUGUCAGUACAAUCCCAUAAUGCUACAGUCCUCAAUGACCUUAAGAUUGGAGACAUGGUGGAGUUCCCAAGAGGCUGGUACUCCCAUUGGGGUGUCUAUUUAGGUGAAGGAAGGAUUGUGCACCUGUCUGGAGGGGACAAUGAUGGUAUUAAUGGGAACAUCAACUCUGGGAGUGUAUUUACUAUCUGUGGAAAGAAUUUCAGCAAAGCCUGGGUGAUGAUUGAUGACUUCUGGAAAAUUGCCCUCAAAUGUAAAGCGAAAAUAAAUAAUGGAAAGGACAGGAAAUGCUCGCCUCGUCAACCACACGAGAUGGUGCGGGUAGCCAUGGAGAUGGUCGGAGAGAUAGGCUACAAUGUUCUGUGGAAUAACUGUGAACAUUUUGCGGCCUUCAUUAGAUAUGGAAAGAAGUGGUCAGAGCAGGCUGAUACAGCCUUAGCAUGGACUGUGGCAGCUGCAAGUACCGUAGCUGUUAGUGGGCUGUUGUACAACUUCUUCAAAGGUCCCGAGGAUAACAAAGAAGCAAAGAAGUAGUGAUCAAAGAAAAAAAAUCAUUCAUUCAUUUAGAAUUUAAGAAAAACAAGAAAAAGAUUCUGAGAUGAACUAUAUGUAGUUCAUGGUCAGCUUUGUAAGUGUGUUCAGAUUUCAAGGUAAUAUGUUUGACAAAGUUUUUAAAAAAUAAUUUUGUCAAAGCUGUGUUAGUUAACUAUGUGUUUAACAACAUUUUUGAUAGGAUGAGCUUCAUUAAACCAGGACACAUUUACAUUAAAUGUAUGAUGUUAAGAAAAAGAUCGUUUUCAUUUAGUUAUAAGAGAGUUUCCAAUGAACAGAUUGUUUUAUUCUGAACCUUGGAUGAUGUCAAGUUUUCUUUUUAAGUAUUUGUGAAAAAUUCAUUUGUGGUUGCUUUUUUAUUUAAGUUGAUUUUUCUCUGUUAUUUAUUAUAUACUGUUUUUUUGUUUAUUAUCUACAAAUUCUGGC